AUGUGGAGACACCGUGUCUCAUCUGCUGUUGUGAUCGGCUUGGGACACCACGGCGGUGUUUCCUGCAGUGGAAUAACCGCCGAUGUAUUCACAGAGAAUGAAAAAAUAAAAAAGAAUAGGACAUUAGCAGUUAUUCAUACAGAUUUCUUUACCAGUGUGGUAUCUACAGCACGGCGAGGGGUGAAAUUGUCUAAUCCCAUUGGUAAACAAGGUAGUCAACAUUAUGGUAUAGAGCCAAAGAUGGAGGCGGGAAAAGAUGUUCAACUUAAACAUACAGAAAUGUAUGAUGGAUAUACGGAUGAUUUUGGUGUUUUUAAAGAAGGUCCUCCCACGGCAUUACGUUUGGAGUAUGUACGUUCUCCAGAUCAUGGAUACUCUCAACAAUUACUACAAAAAGAUAUUUGGUCUCCAUUUCAAGUAAAUGCUAAUAUGAUGAUGUAUACUCCACUUUAUUAUGAUUGGAAAGGAUUUUCUAGUCGUGAUUACUGGGGACAUCGUAGUGGAACCAAUCCAGGAAGUAAAGUUUUACUUGGACACUACAGACGUGUAGAGGAACGUUCAUGGGGAUAUCGUGUGAUGGUUAAUCAUAAACCACAGAAACGUGUACCCAAGUGGUUAGCCUGUAUUCUUCAUUUACCACGUAAAAAAACAUUUGUAGGAUUUUUUCUUUACGCGAAUGGUGCCUAUGUGGCUGAACUUCUUACAUAUAAACAACUCCCUCGUAUUUGCUAUAAUAAACCUUUUCAAGGAUGUAUGCCCACGAUUGGACAAACCAUAUCUUUAAGUGAAGUAACCUAUGGAAAAGAAUUACACUCUGUGGAGAUGUAUCCCGGACAUGGUGGAGUUAUUUGUCGGGCGAGUGGCACAGCGGCGGUGGUCCUGCGGGGCUCCGAACCCAAUCUCGUUCCUCUCUUAUUACCAUCGAAGGAAGUCCGUCUUUUUGAAAAUCAAUGCCAUGCGGUGUUUGGGAGACGGGCGGGGGUGAUGUAUCGAUAUCAACGCAAUUACGGUAAUCGCAAUGUGGAGGAAAAUAUGCCGCAUCGACCGAAAGUUCAUUCAAAAACGAAACGAGUUUCCAGUCAUCCUGCCGGUGGUGGAAAUGGCGGUUCUUCUAAUUUAUUGGUGCCACUGGAUUGGCGUAUUCACCCACGAAAUGCGGUGAAAACAAAAUAUUGGCUCUCUGGUUAUAUUCUGCGGGGAAGACAAUAUAAUAAGAGUCAAACAGUAGCCGAUAUAAAAUCAAAGACAUAUAGCUGGGCCAAUAGAGAUCCCGUUUACCGUUAA